AUGACCUCAACACUUGCUUCCAGCAUGCCUAGCGUAUACGAUUUUGAUGAUGAGGCGGACAUGCCGAAUACGACAACGGACUCUACAUCUUACACACAAUCCGCAAACGGAACACUAGUGAUAAUGGUGGUUCGAGCAAAACAUCUCCCCAAUCGAAGAAAAUUAGAUAAGCAGUCUCCUUAUGUUGUAGUAAGGUUGGGUACGGAUGCAAAGAAGACAAAAUCCGACUUCCGAGCUGGCCAAACUCCAGAGUGGACUCAUGAGAUCAGAUUCGAUAUUAGUAAGGAGAAGAAGCCCCUCCUCAAGGUUGAUCUCUUGGACGAAACAAAAGGUGAUCCGACCCCCAUAGGAAACUGUGAGAUCGAUGCAUCGCUAGUCUUUUCCGAUCUUGGAAAUAGACGUGAAGGGAAGUAUAUACUAGAUAAGUGGUAUGACUUGACAUUCCAGGGCAAAAGAGCAGGAAUGCUAUAUUUGGAAAUGACUUUCUAUCCUAGUGCCCCAAUACUACCACCAAAGAUCCCAUGCCACGAAGAAGAAGAACAACAACAUCUUGUGGGUGCUCAUGGAAGACCGUACGGCAGUACCGUAUCCCCAGUUCAAUCACCGCCACCACAAACUCGUCACUAUGGGUCAAAUCCUGUUCAUGACGUUUUCGUUUCUCUGGAUAGCUCGAAGCAUAGUAAACGAUCGUCGAUAUUCCUGAAAACGAGCCACUAUUUCCUCAACACGGGUGAAGGAAGUGCUUCCAGUCACGAAAGUCCAGAUGAAGUCGUGAUACUGCCUCCAAAAGUGGGAACUAAGAGUCCGAAUAAAUAUAAAUCAAAGUUCAACAAACUUAAGGACAAGUUUCAAUCGAAGCAGGCAUUCUGGGGAGAUUCAGACAGUGGAAAUAAUGCAAAAUCAUUCUUGUCGAGCCCAUCGAGGCGAGACAUAUCCCCCAUUAGUGUUUACGGGUCUGAUCACGUACGCGAGCUAGAAGAAGAUCUGAUAAGGAGCCCCAUUAAUCAAAAUCAGAAACUAGACGAUUUCGAUCUUGACCUCGAGUUCAAAUCGCACUCACCACAACCACCACCACCACCACCACCACAAUACCACCACCACCAAGCCCAUUCCAAGCCGCUCCCCGCACCCCCUGGUAGGAAACCCCCGUCGCCAACCAUCACUUUACAAUUAAAAGACAGCACUGCAAUCCCAUUUUCCGCAGAAUCAAUAGGUCUUGACGACCAUGCCGACAGCUUACCCACCAAGGUCUAUCUACUAGAUGAGCCGGUUAAAUCGCUAACAUGUGACGCCAAACAUACCAGCAACGACGAUUUUCGACAUAAAGAUGAUAUAGAUCCAAGAUUUUAUGCACCCACCCCUAGUGAACAUUUCAAUAGACGAAUGAGAUUCUCGAAUGACGCAGUGACUAGACAAGACCUCAAAGUUGAUUUGAGAACAGACAGAACUGGCUACGUGGGAAAUGGGAAAUUCAGCCCUAGCGUGUUCCAAAAAGCCAGUGUUAAGAAAUCAUUCAAUGUGUACGAUGAUACUGACGAUGACGAUGAAGAUGAGGCAAAACCCGCGGUUCCCCCAAAGAUUCCACUGGGGUUGGAUGAAAUGGAGUAUUAUAUUCUAGAAAAGGAAAAGUACCUUCGUGACCUUCAAGCCAAAAGAGCAUGA